AUGGCUAGCUUUCCAUUAACCAAAUUCGUUGUAAAGCCGGUUGCAGUGAUCGUCUAUCGUCAAUGCGUUCAACGAACCUCGAAUGCGAAUCCGGGAUUGGUUCGACACUUGUUUAGAAAGAUACCCUUCCAGUGCGAUGCUGAUUUGCACAACUCGAGCCACUCUCGCUGUUCUACCAUAGCGUAUGAGCCUGCGUAUAGUUUACCAUUGUUUCCAAAGAAUGCCGAAGCGAUAAUGCAUGACAAGAGCAAUCUCUUUGCACUUCACUGUCUCUUGGCCUUCAUCGGACCGGGAGAGGAGGUAAUGCUGGUCAAUCACCCCAACAGCCUCAAUGGCAUCCACCUCGAGGGUCUGCUGAUGAACAAGUUUCCCACCGUUACUCCCGUCCCUACCAUUCGUGUUGUACGACAGCCCAAAGAAAAUGAGGAUCCCAGGCUGAUUCCUAAAUGCGGUUGCAGAACAACCAGAAUGAUCACCGAUGACUUCUUAACCUUAAAUCCCGGUGGUGAGACCUACAGAGGCCUGCGUCACAUCGUGUUGGAGUCCUUGGACAUGAAAACCGGUGUCGUCAAUCCCAUCGACUACAUCGACUGUGAGAAUGAGGUCAACCAAGUGCGCACGGUGAUAUUUGUGAGCCACUCAGUGGAUGUGGAUGAGACAGAGACGGCGGUACAACGCUGUGUGGAGUACGCUAACCGCACCCUACAGCGCGAGAUGGAAGCCAACGCUACACCCUCUCGACCUGCCACCUCUACGCCCGGUUUCGUGUGUCGCGUGCCACCGGGUAUUCCUGCGCUCGCAGAGGCUGAGGCGGCCAUCGCCGCCGGUGAGGCUGGUCCUAACCUCAUCACGCCCUCGCAAUGCAUUCAUUUUGCUCCCUCCAACCUUCACAACGGCUUCUUCAUCGCCUGCAUCAAAAAGGAGUUGCUGCUAGUUACCCAACCAGAGGCUCCGGCGGAGGACGACGAAGAGAAUCCUGACGACAUUGCCGCCAACGUGAAUAAAAAGAGAAGAGGUGAUAACAACAGUACGGGUAGCCCUUUGGCGAAGAAAUACAAGGUUACCAUCUUCACUCAGUUUCUGGAAGGCAGUGUCUCACUUGUGCAUCCCAUCCAAUUGCAAUUUCAAUUGCUCAAUUACAGCCAAUGUCAAGCCAUGUCAAUGGCCAACACUAGGGCAGUCAUUGGGGGAGGAGGGGGGACUAUAGAGGCUGAUGAUAAACUUCCUCGAAGAAUCACUUCCAAACCAGGGUGCCGUGGGAAGGGCACGGUGUCCUCCUGGACUUUGGAUGAGGAGGUUGGUGUCGGUGUUUUUUCGCCUCUUUCGAUGGCUCUCCGUCUCAAUUCCUCUCUGAACUGCUCCUGUGUUUAA